AUGGAUUUCUUUCAUAAGGAAUCAGGGGUACACCUAAAAUCUGAGUCCAAAGCUCAAGAAACAUUUAAACGCAGCCGAAUCCCAUGGAGAAAAAACGGAACCCACCUCAAGAGAACACCCUCCCAACAACUGUUCCGUAUCUUCUACAAGUACGCCAGACGGGCGUCUCUCAACGGGCUGAUCUUUAUUGUCAAGUCUCGGCGUCCUGUGGUCAAGGCGCUUUGGUCGUUACUCCUGCUGGCCGCUAUAGGGGCCACCACAUUCCAUCUGAUUUUCCUAUUCUCGAGCUACUAUGAGUACCAGAACUAUUCCAAAGUGACCCUAGAAAUCAGCAGUUUACAGUUUCCUUCUGUCACAGUGUGUAACGUGAACCUGCUCAGGUUCUCACAGCUGCCUAGGUCUUCAACUUCAAUACAAAACCUUUUUAGCAAGAAGAAAAAAAAGAAAGAACCCGACUCCUGGAAAAAUGCUGACAUUAAUCCUUCAAUAGAACAUCAUCAUAAACCAUCACAUUACAGCAAUGCUUCGAAUAUACGUGACGUGAAUGUCUCCGCCAUGCUGGAGGAAAGUCGACUGGACAUAACGGACCCUUUGCUACAGAGGUGGGUCACGGAGAGGGAGGCUCUACUCUGCCAGUACUGUAAAUACUGCUGGAACCAGACCCCGACAGACAAUUCUUCGCUCUAUAAAGUGGAGGAUUUUUUCCAUUAUUUAUUCAACAAACAAUCAAUUAAACAGCGACAGUCAGUGAGUCAUCAGCUCGAAGAUUUCGUCAAGAUGUGUUCCUUCGCUGGGAGGUCGUGCAGCUAUCAGCUAUUCAAGCCUAUGGUCUCAGCCAAAUACGGAAACUGUUUUACACUAGACAACCCGGACUUUAUAUCAAGAAAGAGCGGGACAGAAAACGGUCUGGAGCUGAUACUGUCUAUAGAGAACGACGAAUACCUGCCGGCCGUUACCUCGGGGAGGGGCGCUAGGGUGAUCAUCCACGAGCCGGGGACUGACCCUUACAACGAAGACAACAGCAUCACCGUGAGCCCGGGGGUGCACACAGUCAUUGGACUCACGCUGAGGGAAAUCCAGCAUAUUGGUGCGCCAUAUCAUAUUGGUGCGCCGUAUGAUAAUUGUGAGAAGGGGCUAGAGUUCAAAAAACAAUAUGGGUUUAACUACACACGAAACGUUUGUCAAAAACAGUGCGUACAAGACAUCAUACAACAGAAGUGCGGAUGUUUUGAACACGAACUCGACUUCGACAAAGAAAAUAAAACAAACCAGUUGAAACAGUGCAGUGAUGAAACAGAGCGGAGGUGCCUGUUUCGAGUCAAGUGUGAGCUAGAUGAAGAUAACUCCUGUGACUGUGAGACGCCCUGCAGAGAAGUCGUCUACCAGAAGACCAUCAGCACCCUAAGCUGGCCAACAGACACAUACAUCGAGUACAUCCGACCAGUAAUCUGUUCAGUACCAAAACCUCCCCUCAUCUGCACCAGCAAGAACAACAAAACAGAGGAUUUCAAGCGAGAGCUGAUCAAACUCAGUAUUUAUUUUGAAGAUCUCAACUAUGAAGUUUUAACAGAUGAGCCAAAUUACGAGAUGGUCAACCUGCUGUCUGACAUCGGGGGAUCGAUAGGGCUGUGGAUCGGUCUGUCUGUCCUCAGUCUGUUCGAGAUCGUUCAUCUGGUACUGGAGAUAUUCCGUUACGUCGUAUGCUUGGAGUGGCUGAAGACUGGAAAGAAAGAAGAGGACAGUCGGACUUCUAAAAAGGCAGGGAGUUUACAGUUCUGGAGGAGGGGAAAGAGGGAGGUAGACGACAAGACUUCUAAUAAGACAGGGAGUUUACACUACUAA